CGACCCGGAUGCACUGGAUGGAAUCCAGCCCGAUUCAGCCCGACAGCAACUCCUGUACGGGCCGAUCCGAGAAGCGUUGGGUGACAUUGUGGUGACAAUGUUGGAAAACGAGUUGGAGAUGCUGCAGGAUCAAGUUUGAUGGCGUAUCGUAUGCAGAGCAUGUGAAUGGUGAUGCGGGGUGUGAUGGUACUUUUAUAAUACAGAAUUGAUACCACUGGAGAAAUGCCGAUUGGUCUGGAUGUAUAUAAAAAGGACGCAGCGCCGUGCCGAUCUCGUGGAGACUUACUGUUUUGUAUAUCUAUACAUCAGGGGUGCAUAACACACCCUCUUCAGCCCAAUGACAUGCAUGCAUCACUGCGCCUAUCAACACUUUCGGCAAUUUCGACGGCAUCAGUGCGAUUAUGCCUUCAUAUGCCAAAUUAUGCUAUCGUUUGCUAUUUCUAUAAAACCCGAAACAUAGUCGCGGACGUAGUUAACACUGCCCUGCCCUGCUUAAUCAGCAAUCCUUAUCGUGGCCGCUCCACCAUUCUGAUACUCCGUGAUUCAGAUCCUUUUUUUACAACUCAAAUUUCCUUGAAUGAACUUUGCCUCCUGAAUUGUGCUUAUUCCCCUUUUGGGCACAUCUUCUGGAUGCUGAAACUUCUCCCGUGCCUCAUGUUUCCUUUCCUUCAGCUCACCUGUGCUGUCACUGUCAGAUAACUUUAUAGGCGUUGUCGCAAACCCUCCCUCUCGUCAUGUCACUCUUGGGGUUAAUGUCUAGGGUCUCUGCGGCGCAAUCCGUACCCUUGACGGGCCGUGAAGCUGCAUCGGGUCUUUUGGGAUCUGUUUCAUUGACAUGCUGGAUAUUCUUGUUGGUCCCCCAACUGAUCGAAAACUACCACAACGGAAACGCAGAAGCCAUCUCCCUCCUCUUCAUCUUCAUCUGG